UUCCAAAGAUUGAGUUAAGCGAAAAGAAAAAUUGGAAAAUAGGCCCAUUUCGCAAAACAAAUAAAAAAAAUGACACAAUUUGACCUCCAACCCGGUAUCUUGUGGCGGUCGACCCGACAGGUGCGUACUACCCGUUUUUCUCACCGGAUCAGGAUCAAAGUGGGUCAACCCGCGGGGCGACCCGCGGGUUGACAACCUCAAGAACAAGUAGGUGGGUCUCACUAGACUUAUUUUGCGAAGAUUUGGCAUUUGGGCUUGUUGCUAAAAAAAUGACACAAUGUGAAAUCGUAUUGUACCAACGGUCUGAUCAGAAAAACAUUAUGUUUGAUACAAAACUGGUAGAUGAAAUUUUUUAGCAGUAUCAAAGAGUUGAACUAAUGAUCAAACUACGAUUUGAGUACAAUAUAUUAUAGCGAUAACAUUUUUUCGAUACAACCUCUGACACGAUUUUUUUUUGGGAAAACUUUGCUCCAAAUGGCAUGUUCUUGCAAGCGGAAAUUAAAACAGAAGUUGACUCAAGAUUAUUUGCUCACAUACAUUAGCUUCUAUAUUUGCCAUUUGCAAAGAGCCCCAGCUGCUACAGAUACAAGUUCUCAGCCUCUAAUUAAGACAAACAUUGUACUUUGAUCGAUCCAAAGAAAUAAACACUUAGAUCGGUUGAGUGAUUCUAUUUACAGGGUAUCUUUUUUUUUUCUUCAUAAAGAUGAUAGAUUUUAUUGAGAUGAGAAAUGGAUCGAGAACGAUCGCAGCAAAAAAAAAGAAGCAGAACUGAAGAUACAUACAGGCGGUGAAACAAGAGAAACGAUAUUGAAUGUGAAAGAGAGAUUUUUGUUUUAGUUGUUAAAUAGAAUGAAUGAAUGAGAGUUAAAGAGAAGAGUGACCUCAAGAAAGAGCAUGUCAACUUGAUUCCACGGAGAAGUAAAUUGUUUUUUCUUUGUUCGAUUUUAAGGUUGCCAAUAUCGUGUUACGUCGAUAUAUUUAUAUAUAUAUCGUCGUUAGUUGCUUAGUAAUGUUUUAUCAGAUGUCUAAACUUAGGUCAUUUGUUAUUGAUACUUGAAAUUCUAACUUAUCGAUGUGAUUAGUCCAUCAACUUGCUUAAUCAAAGCCCACAUUUAAGACAUUUUGAUACUUAACUAAGUAUUUGUGAGAUUAUGUUACCUGUUCAAACUUAAGUGACCAUUUGGGUCAAUUACCCAUACAGCGUAAACUUUACUCAAGUGCGGCGACCGAAAACGACGUCGCUUUCAGCCAAUCGAUCAAUUCCUUUCUUCCUUGCUCUCCUAACUCCCAAAUUCCAGCUGAAUCUCCGUCUCCACCGUCGCUAUUCCGGCGAAGGCGUCGCCGUCCCUCGAUUUCUGGAUUUCCCCGCGAACAGUUCACUCUUGCAGAUCCGAUCUCUUCCAGGUAAAUUUGAAUCUUCAAUCGCUUCAAAGGAAACCUUGUGAAUGAAUCUGAGUCGUGUGUUUCUGUGAUUUCUUAGAAUUCCUGAGAUUUUAGGUCGAAAUUGGUUUGGGGGGAAAAGUUUGCCGAUGAAUGGAGAGAACUCGAGUUACUUAGGGUUUCUAGCUCUUCAAUUACCAUAGCUUUACAGGUUAUGAUCUGGUCUUAGUUCUCACUUGUUAAUGCUUCUGAUGAUUGCAGAGCACUUCGGUGGAAAAAAGAUGCAAGAUCCAAGAUUGCCACUUUCGGGUGAAAUUUCAAACGGUAAACCACGUAAGAAGAAAGGCUCAUCAAAUUCCAGAGCUUCGACGAUUCAGCUGAAAGGGAGUGAUGUACGAGAGAUUCAACAUGGUCAGGCUGCGGCAGUUCCUUUGCCUCUGAGAACUUCUCAGAAGCUGUCUACCAAGAAUUUGGCAAGGAAUGAAUACACUCCUCCUACUACUAUGUUUCAGCAGACGGAGAGAUCGAACUCCGAUUCCUUGCCGGAGUCUUCGGGUUCGGGGAAUGAUUACAGGGCAUUGAGAAGGAAGUACUUGCUGUUGGAAGAGGAAAGCUUUGCAUUGGGAACCGAGUUGACCGAGAUUGAAGACGAGGUUAACACUCUCGAGUACGAGAAGCUCGCGUUGUUGGAUCAGCUCAUUGUGCUGGAAGGUCUUGUCGACCCUUCGGAAGUGCAAGUCCCCUGAACUCCUUUGUUACUGUACUGCAAUUGUUUGCACUUGGGUAAUGUGUUGUUAAUAGAUGGCUCAUAGGCUUCUUUUGGAGCACAAAAGGGUGGAAAAAUGGAGCAGUUUGGUUUCUUGGUUUUACAAGCUGUACUAGAAAGGUUGGCACAUAUACAUUGAGAACUAAGAUUUUUCAUGUUGAAAGAUUGAAAGGAGUAAUCAAAAGAACAAGUAAUGUGUAUUGCUGACUACUAAUGGAUUCAUUAUUCCUAUGUUCAUCGAGUUUUUGUUUCUGGCUUUCAUGGUUUUGCUGGAUUCCGUACUACACUUACUGUACUUCAGUACUGGUGCUUUUUAUGGGUCGCGAAUAGUAAUUACUUCCUUUAUUUCACUGCUAUCUGACAGCUUGAUGUCAGUAACAUCAGGUGAGUUCAAAUCUAAGCCUGAUGGACUGUGAAGCUGCAAGCAAUGUGAAGUUUGGUCUUUGCCAGGCUUACUUUGGUUACUAUGCUCUAGAUGGACUUAUGGCUUUACUGGGACAAUACUUGGAAAAAGUUUAAUCUUUGGUCUGAAGUAUUGUGUUCUUUCUUAUUAUCAUGGUUGUCCUAGCCGAACGAGACUUGUCGAAAUUAAGACUAUUUAUAUAA